UCCAGACCAGAGAACAUGUACUGGAUUCUGAACUUGGUAGAAACAGAUCCAGAUCUCUAUGUGAGACACUAUGCUCUACAACAGCUGGUCCUGAAUCCUCCCUUCAGAAGAAUGGAAACAAGUGCUCUCCACACGGAGGGAUUAGUGGAACGCUUGUGGAAAAUGAUGAACUGCACAUUUUCGUAUGACAGUAGGCUGCGUUGUGAUGCAGCAGAUGUUUAUUUCACAUUGUAUGUACGUACACGCCCAUCUUGUCUGCCCAUACCUGAUAACAUGGUUGUUCUGAGUUUAAAAGACAGAAAGAAUAAGAUGAAUCCUGCUUAUGUUCCUGAUGAAAUGGAGGAAAUGUUUGAUGAUGAGGAAGAGGAUGAAGAGGUGGGAAUGGAGGAAGGUGAGAGUUCUCAGGUGGACACUGAGGCCGACAUCGACGUUACGGACAUUGGCGGGGAGGAACCUUCCCUCAAGAGAAAGUCUCCUCCCCCCACAGAGCUGCCGCCACCCUUGGUCCUGUCCAUAGGGAGUGUCCCUGAGACCUGCCCCUUGGGAAUCUUCAACGAAGACAGUGCAUCCCAGUCCAAGAGGCUGAAACUGAGGUAUUUAAAACUGUGGCCUUUAUUGAUAGAGAUGGUUGAUAUUGCACCAUUGCUUAAAAAAAAAUUCUGUUACAUGUUAGAAUGCACAACUAACACUGAUUGCACAGGUAUUGUUUCUUUCUGCAUUGAACAGAUGGAAUCAGAAACCCUUGAGGAACCCCAGGUAACUGAGCCCUCAAAGGCCUCUGGGACUCAGGAAGUCACCGUGACAAAAACACCGGUCACGCCUUCUUCUGCAACGUCGGCAUACGCUGCUGAAUUUCUCAAAUUUGUUGGGGUAAAACAAGAGCAUCCUGCUCCAGAGCCCCAGUUAUCUGUAACCAUGGAUACGUCCUCCAGACUCAGUGAAGGGUCUUCAUCACCCACAACCACUGCCGUGGGGUCAGAAUCUAGUGCUCCUCUCUCCUUUGCUGGACUGUUGCCUUCUUCUGCUUCGGCUACAGACAUGUCGUCUGCUACAGACUCUAAAGCACACAAAGCCAAAAAGAAGAAGAAGAAAAACAAGCACAAACAUAAACACAAGCACAAACAUGACCGGCCUGACAAAGAUCCACUGGGGCGGAUCCGAGAGGGGUCCUUCAACAGCUCCGAGAACUCGCCCAGUGUUACUCAGACCACUCUUAGUUCGCCGGAAUUUGAAAUCUAAACUGUCAUGUUGUAUAUAAAUUGCUAAUAAAAUUAAUCAUACAAAGGUGAAAAUGUAUUUACUUAUUGGUUUGAGUUACAUUAAAAUUGUCAAACUGUAGUGGUUGAUAUAUUGAUGUUGAUUUGAACAUUUCUGUUAAAGUGAAAUAGAAACUUAUCAUGUUCCUGCCUGUGACAGUAAAAGCAUGUUUUUUUGGCUACUUGCAAGGCAUAUUGAUAGAAUACAUUUUGUAUAUCAUU